AUGAUCAUCGCUAACUUAUCGUCAGCCCUUGACCGGAAUUAUGAAAUGCCAUCUGCUGGUGGGGUGGCCCCUGAGAAGGCCUCAGCUAUCCUUUCACAAUUCGACCGGAAACGAAGGCUUGCGCAAGUAGCAGUACCUACGGACGACGCAAAAGUGAAAGCACGUCUGCGCGAACUCGGAGAACCUAUAACACUAUUCGGAGAAGGACCAGCCGACAGAAGGGACAGGUUACGCGAACUUCUCUUAGACAAAGAGGAGGCGGCGGGCCAGAAUGGGGCUGUUGCCGAUGUGCAGAUGCGAGAAGCGGAAGACGACGCAGACCAGGAGGAAGAGUUCUACACCGAAGGCGUCCCCGAACUCCUGGAAGCGAGGAGAGACAUUGCCAGAUAUUCGUUACCAAGAGCGAGAGCUCGCAUCAGGAGACAGAAGGAAGAUUCCACCAUUCCACUACGAACGCACAUUAAACAUCGCAAGGAAAUCAAAGAAAAGCUGCAAGGUUUUGAACUUUUCGGUACGCAGAUUGCAGGAGAACGACCGGUCAGCAUUACGCGGUUUUCGCCCAACGGAGAGAUCAUUGCGGCUGGAAACUGGGGUGGUGGGAUCAAGUUGCUGGAUGUACCCAAUCUUGACGAGAGAGUCACACUGAGAGGUCAUACGGGUAUUGUGGGAGGAGUCGCGUGGUACCCCGGAGCAACAUUGUCAACGUCGAACGUUUCGGCAGACUCGGUCAACCUUGCCAGCGGCGCGGGUGGGCAAGGCGGUGCACCCGAGAUUCAUUUGUGGUCGCUGAACAAGGAAACACCAUUAGCAACCCUGCAAGGGCACACCGACCGUGUAUGCCGCGUCGAGUUCCAUCCAUCAGGGAAAUACCUGGCUUCAGCCUCGUUCGACACGACAUGGCGAUUGUGGGACGUCGAAACAACCACCGAGUUGCUCUUGCAAGAAGGACACUCCCGACAGGUGUUUACCGUCAGUUUCAAUACGGAUGGCUCCCUUCUGGCGAGCGGAGGAUUCGACAGCAUGGGACGCAUCUGGGAUUUGAGAACAGGACGCACAGUCAUGAUCUUGGACGGUCACAUCCGGGAGAUAUUCUGCCUGGACUGGGGAAUUGACGGUCAUCGAGUCCUAUCUGGUUCUGGCGAUGGAUGGGUCAAAUGCUGGGACAUUCGACAAGUCCGGAAUACCGGUGGGAUCGGUGCUCAUAACGGCAAUGUGUCUGAUUUGAAAUGGUUCAAAGGUCUCGACGGCGACAUGUCGUCACUGGUCGAGUCGGACGGCGUCGGACAAGAACACAAGCCACGCAAAGCAGGCACCUUCUUUGUCUCGAGCGGAUUUGACAAGAAUGUCAAUAUCUACUCGGCUGACGACUGGUCAUUGGCGAAACAGCUAAGCGGUCAUUCAGGAAACGUGCUGAGUGUUGAUGUUACGGACGAUGCCAAAUGGAUUGCCAGUAGUGGCCAUGAUCGGACUGUCAAACUAUGGGGUCGUGAGGAUGGACAGGGCAUUUGA